UAAGAAGUGGAGCGAAAUUUAGGUGAUGCAAGUGAAUUCUUUUUAAUUAUGAAUGAAAAAAUAAAGGACAGCUAUCGAAUUUUUUUUAAGUCAAUCAAUAAGACGUUCUAAUAUGUUUUUUUCAAAUUUAUUUUUCGAAAAAUGUUCUGAAUUUUUAAAAAAAGAACGAAGCGCGUGCUCGUCCAAUGUGUUCUUACAAUGUAUCAGACAUUUGUUGUAGUUAUUAUGUUGUGUUAAAAUCGUAACAGAUGCAAUGUUGUUAAAUAUCCGUGUCGUUUAACAUAUCGAUUAUUGAACGAAUUUUUAUAAACGUGUUGUGUCAAGGUUGUGCUUUUAUCGUUGAAAUUCCGCUGACUUUUAAAGAAUAUAUAAUGCGGUAUAAAAGGCGUGCAUCGCAGACUACGAGGGCGUCUCGCCACUCCGACAAAAAGUACACUAUCCAAUUGGACCUGGAUUACUUGGAGCGCGGUGGUGUUGGCAACCUGACGGUGAGCGGUGCGCCUAGCGUGGAGCCAAGCCCAGAUAGCUUGGACCUCAUUAAAGUUGUACUGUUGGGUGCGCCAGCCGUUGGCAAAACUAGUAUUAUACAGCAAUUCGUCUGGAGCGACUUUUCGGAAGAAUAUGUGCCAACGGACCGCAAACAUACAUUUUAUCCUUCGGUGAUUAUCAACGAACAUUUGUAUGAAGUUAAAAUAACCGACGUUCCAGUCAUACCUUACUUUCCAAUUAAUUCAUACUACGAAUGGGCUCAUUACAGAUUUUAUGGAUUACGAAACGCCACUGCCUAUAUCCUGGUAUUCGACCUGUCGAACGUGGAAACGUUUCAGUAUAUCCGAACAUUGAGAGAUCAAAUGGUUGAAAGUAGAGAUAUGAGGAAUGUACCAGUUCUGGUAGUCGGCAAUAAACAGGACCUCCUGUGUAGCACUACACCAUCGGCAGCGAGUGGUCUCCAGCAAUUGGCGAUGGCUGAAAGUGCGUGCGGUGAUUCUAGAGAAAAGAGAAGGAACAUAGUGAACCUUGUUCGCAAACAUUGGAAGUGUGGUUAUGUUGAGUGCUCUGCUAAAUAUAAUUGGCGCGUGAUCGCUGUAUUCAAAGAACUGAUGGAGAUGAUAGAUGCUCUCGAAUGGAGCGGAGGAGGUAGAAGUUCAGAACCACUCCCAGAUUCUUCAACUGGAGGUGGCUCGUCGAACGAAAACCGCUGCACUGUUGCUUAGCGCUUUUGAUUUAUAAAGCUUAUGUUCAAAACAUUUGGUUUCCAAAAUUGUUAGAAAACAUGAGAAAAAUUUAGAUUAAGCAUUGAUUUUAAAGUUCCGGACAAUAUAUUAGCAAUUUGCAAUACUGUUAAAUUAGUCGUUAUGCUUUGUAAAUUGUGGUAGAAUAUUUUUAUAAUAUGUUUGAAAUUAAAAAAAAAUGAAAUCGUGUUCUAAUUUUAAAACUUGUGGAAAUUUAUUGCGUUUACUAAUAUUUAAGAAGUUCAUACCUCAAUAACUUUACUGAUUAUGCCGUUUAGAACAUAAGUAAAUUUUAUCUG